AUGGCUACUGGCUCUUCUGCAGUGUUGGCAUUGGUAACCCUGAUGGUAUUAACAGCCCAAACCAGUGAAGCACUGGUUUUCGUAUUUUCUAAUCACAUACAAGGAACCGCCGACAGCAACAGAUUUUAUCAAGAGAUCGGCCAGUGCCGAGCCUUUGAAAUUAUGGACUCCUCUACUAUAUUUAUCUGGGAUACCUUCCAACAGCAAUCGACUGCAGAUAGGAAGAAUGUGGACAAGGUUACUUUUAUCGUGAAAAGCAUGGACGACGUUGUGUAUAUGAGUGGAGACGAAAUUCACCUAAGUGCAGAUUAUGUGGGCAACUACGGAGGGGACGUGAAGGCAGAAAUUAGAGGAGGUUUUUUACCAUGA